GAGCCUGACCCUGUUGGUCAGGUCCAGCAGACGUCGGGCUCCAUCUCUGCUGGCUCCCAGGUCUCCAGGCAGGAGAAGCUCUCCCCCAGCACCAUGAGCACCACCACUGGAGCCCUACAGGUGGAUGCUACCCUACAGAAGGGGAACUGAGGCAGGAGAAAUUAAGUCCCUGCCCAGGAUCUUAUGGCAAGGAAGCAGCACACAGGAUUUGAACCCAGCCCAGAAGCUGCCCCCAAGCCAAGUGCCAAGUCUAUCUACGAGCAGAGGAAGCGCUACUCCACCAUGGUUAUGGCUGAUGUUUCCCAGUACCAUGUCAAUCACCUGGUGACGUUCUGCCUGGGCGAGGAGGAUGGCGUGCACACCGUGGAGGAUGCCUCCAGGAAGCUGGCCGCCAUGGACAGCCAGGGCCGUGUUUGGGCACAGGAGAUGCUACUUCGAGUGUCCCCUGACCGAGUCACCCUGUUGGACACAGUCUCCAAGGAGGAGCUGGAGUCUUAUCCACUGGGCGCCAUCCUGCGCUGCGACGCGGUGACGCCGCCAGGACGGAGUCGCUCGCUGCUGCUCCUGGUGUGUCAGGAGCCAGAGCGUGCGCAGCCAGACGUGCACUUCUUCCAGGGCCUGCGCCUCGGGGCCGAGCUGAUGCGAGAGGACAUCCAGGGGGCUCUGCACAAUUACCGCUCCGGUCGCGGGGAGCGCCGGGCAGCAGCACUCAGGGCCACGCAAGAGGAGCUGCAGCGCGGUCCCUCGCCGGCCGCGGAGACUCCACCCCUGCAGCGCCGCCCGUCGGUCCGCGCGGUCAUCGGCUCUGCGGAGCCGGCCGCGGGCCGCGGGCGACCCCAGGUGGAGCCUAUUCCUGAGGCGGAGGAGGCGGCAAGGCCGGGCCCGGCGCGCACCGCCUGCCUCGCAGAUCCGGCCUCGCCAGACCUGGGCCCCCGGGGUCCUGAGCUGGCGGGUCUGCAGGCGGAGCGAGAAGUGGACAUCCUGAACCACAUUUUCGACGACGUGGAGAGCUUUGUAUCGAGGCUUCAGAAGUCGGCAGAGGCCGCCCGCGUGCUGGAGCACCGGGAGCGCGGCCGCAGGACGCGGCGCCGGGAGGCCGGGGAGGGCCUGCUGACUCUGAGGGCCAAGCCGCCCUCGGAGGCCGAGUACACCGACGUGCUUCAGAAAAUCAAGUACGCCUUCAGCCUGCUGGCCCGGCUGCGCGGCAACAUCGCCAACCCCUCUUCCCCGGAGCUGCUGCACUUUUUGUUCGGACCUCUGCAGAUGAUUGUGAACACGUCGGGCGGCCCUGAGUUCGCCAGCAGCGUGAGGCGGCCGCAUCUGACGUCCGAGGCGGUGGCGCUGCUGCGGGACAAUGUCACUCCUCGUGAAAACACACUCUGGACCUCGCUGGGGGAUUCAUGGACCCGCCCAGGGCUGGAGCUGCCCCUGGAAGAGGGACCCCCAUACAGCCCCGAGUUCUACAAUGGCUGGGAGCCCCCGGCCACUGACCCUCAGGGCCGCGCUUGGGAGGACCCAGUGGAGAGACAGCUACAGCACGAGAGGAGGCGCUGGCAGCAAAGCGCUCCUCAGGUCGCUGUCAAUGGUCACCAAGAGCCAGAGCUGGAAGCUGAGCCCCAACUGGAGCCAGAGCCAGCAGGAAAGUGGGUCCUGAGUAAUUAUGACUUCCAGGCCCGCAACAGCAGUGAGCUAUCCGUCAAGCAACAGGAUGUGUUGGAGGUCCUGGAUGACAGGCGCAAGUGGUGGAAGGUUAGGGACCAACAGGGCCAGGAGGGAUAUGUGCCCUACAAUAUCCUGACACCACACCGAGGACCCCAGAGGGACCACAUCCAAAGCCCUGCCGGAUGUGUGGAGCACAGCACUCCCCCUCCACCACCAGCUCCUGCCCCGGCUCCUGCUCCAGCGAGGCCCCACUGGGACAGCUGCGAUAGCCUCAACAACUUGGAUCCCAGCGAGAAGGAGAAAUUCUCCCAAAUGCUGAGUGUCAACGAGGAGCUGCAGGCGCGCCUGGCCCAGGGCCGCACGAGUCCCAGCCGUGCAACCCAGGGACCCCGCGCCCUGGAGCCGCAGCUCAGCCCGCACUCAGACGCCGGGAAAGUCCGCGCCUGGCUGCAAGCCAAAGGCUUUAGUCCGGGGACCGUGAACGCGCUGGGCGUACUGUCCGGCGCGCAGCUUUUCUCGUUGCAAAAAGAAGAGUUGCGGGCAGUGAGCCCUGAGGAAGGGGCGCGUGUGUACAGCCAGCUAACGGUGCAGCGAGCGCUGCUGGAGGACAAAGAGAAGGUGUCAGAGCUGGAAGCAGUGAUGGAAAAGCAGAAGAAGAAGGUGGAAGGCGAGAUGAAAACGGAGGUCAUCUGACCCUUCCGGGCCCCUUAGCAAAAAAUGACAAGCGUUUUCCCACGCACUGCGGGUUGAGACACUGGACUUCCCCAUCAGUGGCAGCAGAUUCCCUAAAGGAGCGCGAACCCAGGCGGCCCUGGUCUCUUCUACCCUGGUGGACAGACUCAACCGUUCUUGCUGAAGUCCCUCCUGAGCCACCAUCAACUGGUGGGAGUGGGAAGAGUGAACACCAACGACAGGAAAAGCUCUCCCGCCACUGGAGAGGACGCCCUCCUGAGCACAGUGCAUUGUAGCAUGCAGCCCAGUCUAUAAACAGCCUCUUCUGAGCCUGCAGUGUCCACCGCUGUCCCCUCUCUUACUGGCUUCAGGGACCCCUGCCCCUCACCCACUCACAGGCUUACAGGAGGCCAGAAAUCUGGGAGAUGUCCCGCCUUGAGUUUUUCUCUGAAACCUCUGCUCCACCCAGGGCACCCUAAAACAGGCUCCUUCUGGCUUCCUCACCACCAGUCUGUCCUCCAACUUGCCCCAUCUCCCGAGCACCUGUCUCUGGCUGUAUGUCCAUCCUGGCCUAGAGGCUUAGAGCACACCCACUGGCCCCAGCCCAGCAGCCUGCCUCUCACCACCCCCUGCCUGCCUGCCUCCGCCCCUGCCCUUCUCCACUUGCUGUUUCUGCUGGCCGGAGCGGCCCUUCUCUGCUUCUUACCUGAGUUUCAGGACCAACUCUGGGAAGCCUGCCCUCAUCUCCCAGGCUAGUCUCCCACCACCCACUUCAAUGCAUCGUCCCCACCUCCUGCAGCAGUCCAACCAUGUAGAAUAGCUGCCUCCUGA